UCAGGCUCAGUAUUAGCUCGACCAAGCUGAACGUAGGACAGAGGAUUUUCAGUACGCGGUACGCGAUUCGCGAUUACGGUUUACUUUUUGCUCUACAUAGAUGAGGUGUGGAAAAGUACACAGGGAGCAGUGAAGAAAAAAAAAGUUUGCUGCUGUGAUUUUUAGAGGACUGCAUCCGUCGAUUGCCUUGUCACUGUUCGGUUAUCGAGUGUGAAAUCUAUGCUGCUAGCCAGUCGAGUGGAGUUAAAAAUACAUGUGCGUGUCUCGAAGAUUCGGUAGGGCCAUCCUCAGAUUGCUACCUCCGAAGUGUGGAGUUUAUUUGUAUCGCAAAAGUAAACGGAUUCUGUGAGCUGUUCUAAUCGUGAAAUCCUGAAGUGGGUGGUGGGAGCGUUUCGGUGCUAGGGUGACAGCCGACCGUGUAGGGACCAAGAUCAGUAAGAAAAUCAAUUGGCCCACACCUGGAAACCCAUACAAGGUGAUCUCCGAGAGCUACGUACGUGUGUGCAGUCAAGGUGCUCCCCUUGGAAAGUUGAAAGCAAUGUAGGUGAUACAACACAUCGCUGUGACAGAUAAAUAGCUCUGCUAGUGGAUUGUGAGGGUCCGUGCAACGUCCCAGCAUUCGGUGGAGAUCCCUCGACGGGCAACCAGUUUUGACAUCUCGCAAAACCGAAGCUCUAGGUGUAUACAAAUGUUUAGACAUAUAAUAAGAACGAAUAUGCAAAAGUGAAGUUUUUUUUCGGUCUCUGCGUUACUACAGCCAUACACACACGUCUCGGGUUGACUGAUUCGUACGUCACACAGUUGAACGACGAAGUGAUAAAGGCACCACGGACAGACGACUUGACGAGAGAAGCAGGCAGAGAAAUUAAUGCUCACACUCACUCUCUUUCUCUCGCUCUCUCUUUCUCUGUCGGUUUUCUCUUUUGUUGUGACUGUAUUACACGCGGAUUGUUCGGGGUGUACGUGCUUGCGGGUUUUGGAAUUCCGGUGUGCUCCCUGUAGGUCUGCAGGUUGCCACGGUUAACAUUGGCUCACACAAGGGCCCUGAAACCUGCAAGGUGAAUCACGGUGCAUCGGUUGAUCGAGUUCACCGGAGGGAUACAGUCAGUGAGUGUGGUUUUCCCAAGCACAGCAACCACAGUCCGGGCAGUCGCAGGGGCUCAGCAAAACAUUUCCAGCUGAUGCCGAAAAAAAAGGUGCCAACAGCACUCGGCAAAGUGUGUAUUAAUGCAGUUUCAUCGACCGCAGCGACAGUCAGCAUCAGCAACACACCCAGCAGCGCCGGGAUGUCACCAGAAAUGAGAAAAUAAAUUUUAAAAAUUUCUCCUCCGAUGCUCCCCCGUCGGUCCGAGUCGGCACUGGGUGAUGAUAAUAAUCCGGCAAAAUAUACAGCAACAACGGCCAAAAGUGGCAGCCGAUUCGAAUGUUCCAUUUUUUUUGUGGGAAUGCUUGAAACGAUUUGUUGUUUCCAUCAGUAAGUGGCCGGCGCGACGAGGAACUGGGUUGAAAAAUGUGGGCCCGAAAAGUAAAUAAAAUAUUGCUCCUGUCCCUGUGAAUGUUAAUAAGAUAUGUAUACUUAAAAAAAAUGCGUGUGUUAAGUGAUCAACAGCUGGGGUAAACAAGCAAUCGACUGCGAAACAAGUGCGGCGUGUGUUUCUCGAGUGUUUUACCGGUGCUGUACCUAGAAAUAAUAGUGCUAAGAGAGAGAGAGAGAGAGAAAAAAAAGAAUCCGGUGCAGGACGACGGUCGACGUAGUAAAUUGGUGCCGAAGUCAACAAGCAAUCGACGUUGCUGUCCUUCCCGCUCCCAACCGUUUCGGCGUUUCACCAUGGUCAAUAGAUGUCGUUUGCGUGCAUGUUCCUAGUGUUGUGAAGUGUUGAUCCUCUCGGUCAGAUCCUCCGGUAGUUUAGGUGCUAGAAUAUCACGUGGCAGUAGGUGUAUGUGUCGGUGUGUGUUUAUGUGUCUAUAAUCACGGCAAAAAAUAGUGAAUAUUCCAAUAUUAGUGGGUGCUUGAAGGCAGCGAAAUCAUCCAAAGUGGCCGCGUCGAAGGGAUUCCGGGGCGCCUUGUCGGAAGGUCGCCUGACCACUGUGACCACGACAACGGAGACUACGACCAGUUUUACCAAUUCCCGCCAGGGCUCCGUCGAUGGGGUGAUGCAACGAUGCGGCCUCUGCUCGAUCAUUUCCAGCCUACUGAGGCGAGCCAUGUGCGUCGGAUCCCGGCGUGGUAGCGGUGAGUCGUACUACCAGGAACUGGCAGAAACUAAUAUCCCAGACGUUGCCACGAUGGAACCCGCGGACAAUUCCAGCUACAAACGACUGAUAUCUACCACAUCUAACACGAUACCAUCGACCGGAUCGACGACGAAUGCUCUGACGACAAUGGCGACCACCACCGUAACGACGGCGCCCUACCAACCGACCCGGCGAAUGUCCGACCAGGAUCGACCACUAUUUGAGGCCCUAAUAGCGGACGAGUACGCCGAGAACCCGCGGCGACGGCAUGCCUGUACUGGGCGCUUUCUGACGAUGCACAAGCGGCGCAGAAAGAAGCUGAACACUCGCAGCCUUGUGCUGGAUCAGGCUAUUCUGGAUGACAUCCUACACGGCCAGGUGCAGUGCAUUCUGGACCGUGUCGGUAACUGGCGAUUCAAUGCUUUCACCCUUGAGACGGUAACGGGGGGACGUUCACUGCCUGUCUUAUGUGUUCACUUGUUCCAUUGGUACGGCCUUUUGGACCACUUCAAUUUAGACGUAGUUAGAGUAUGGAAAUUGUUUAGUUUAAUCGAAGAGGGUUAUCAUAGUACGAAUCCGUAUCACAAUUCAAUUCACGCGACUGACGUAACACAAGCAAUGCACUGUUUCUUGCAAGAGAAACGCAUCCUGGAAAACCUGAGCCCACUGGAGAUCAUGGCAUCAUUGAUCGGUGCUGUCACCCACGAUUUGGACCAUCCGGGCGUGAAUCAACCGUUCUUGAUAGCGACCUCCAACCAUCUGGCGGCGCUGUACGAGAACACUUCGGUGCUAGAAAAUCAUCACUGGCGUUCGGCCGUCGGUUGCCUGCUGGAGAGUGGCGUCGCCGAACAGAUACAGAAUAUUCGGCCAGAACUGGAAAAGCAAAUUAGCUCUCUAAUCCUGGCGACCGACAUCACCAGGCAACAAGAAUUUAUCGCCACAUUCCGGGAUUAUCUGUACCGGGACAAGUUGGAUAUGCGUGACAAAGAACACCGACAUUUCAUUCUGCAAAUUGCACUCAAAUGUGCCGACAUCUCCAAUCCCUGCCGGCCAUGGGAUAUCAGUAAAAAGUGGAGCAUGAAAGUUUGCGAAGAAUUUUUCCGUCAAGGGGACUACGAAAGACAGCUCAAUUUGCCCGUUACUUCACUGUGUGAUCGACAAUCGACAUCGGUACCGAAAAUUCAGACCGGGUUCUUCAAGUUUGUUGUUACGCCCCUGUUGGACGAGUGGCAUCGGUUCUUAAAGACGGAUCUUUCACACAGUAUGAUGUAUCAUUUGAAAUUCAACCAAACCCAGUGGGAAUGUAAGCUACAAGCGGAGAUCAACGAAGAAACACGAACAGAGAUCUCCGAUGCUGAAUUGUUGGAAGAGGAAGACAUCGGGGAAAGUGAUGAUCAGGAUGAGCCGGUGCUCGAUCUGUCGGACAGUUCGGAAGUUUUAAUUCCGAACAUCUCCAAGUUUGAACGCCGUGGUUCGUUACAAAUUCCCGGCUUUUGUGGUGCUCGUAGCGAACGACGGUUCUCUGUUCCCGUACAUAGUAUACCGAAAAUUGUGCUUCCCGUAAGAGAUCACCGCGGAUCCAAUAACCCACCGGAGUCUAUCCAGGAGAGCGAUGAGCACAAAUUCGAUAACGAUUCACUCUCGAUCUUCUCUUCGGAUAGCGAUAGUUUGCACCGAGGAGGACGGGGAUCUUCCACCGGCAGUACAGCUGAUCGUGAACGUCCACUGAGCGCGGAAAAUCUUCUUCCAGACUGCAGCAUCGCGUCCAUGGCCGGUGGAGUUUGUGGCGAUCGAUUGAAUCUGGUGCUUCAUGGGGCCGUUAGUGUAGGUAAUACCGCCAAUCUUCUCACCGUUGGAACUUCCAAGCAUCUAAUCAGACAGCAAACCUUCCCACCGUUGCAACCGUACGUACGCACCCGUUACAUGUCUUCGCAAGCCGAACUAGGUGCCUGUCCCGAGGCAUUGCUCGAAUCCAACUCCAGCAGCAGUUCUUCCAAUUCCCACCCUGAAACAAACAGCGAAUCUCGAGGUAUUCUAAUGGUUAAGAAGGAAAGCAUUAAGCGCGAAACGGAGUCUUCCGGCUCGUCGGACAAGGCCAAAAUUCCAAAGCUCUCUCUCGGCCAAAAGGAGAAUCUCGAUCCGUCAAUGCUUAAACGAAGCCUAAGCCGGCGACGAGGCUCCGCCCCGGUCACCGUUGCGUUACCACCGAAAUCAACAGAGUCGGACAUUGGCGUGUCGCUCGUCAUCAAAAGCUGUGAUCUGCGGCGUGGUUCCAUGCCAGCGGAAUUCAUCACCACCAUGCAAACAAAAGACCAACCUCACGGGACCCAACCGGAAGCACCGACGUUACCCAACAAUGUCGGACCGGUAUAUCACAUGCAGCGACGUGGAUCCGUACCCUGUGAAAGUUCCAACAGCGUCGUGAUUCGUAGUAGCUUCAGUAUCAAAAGACGCAGCGCUAAGAAAAUUCUACGGCGACGUUCGUCCGGUGGAGCCGAAAUUCUCAGCCCCAUACUGUCGGAAAGUGCAAGCGGUGCGGUCCCAGGCAGUAGUUCGAGUUCAUCGUCCGCCUGGCAACGGUUCAAGCGGCGCACCGAUACGGAUAAUCUACUCUCCCGGCGGCGUGGAUCGCUACCGGUGGAGGUGCUUACCAUUGGGUAUUCCGGAACACUGCGUCACUAAGCGCAGAAACUGACAGCAGCAGCAGCAGCACUAGCAGAAGGCUCGACAACGGGAGAACACUUUUUUCAACAUCAUUAUCAACAAAUUAAUUGGUACGUACGCUGCAUCCGGAGCAUCAGCAUAAAGGCUGGGAAACCAUAAUGAAGGAAUAAGGCACAGGAUAGCGGUGAAAACGGAACGGACUGAGUUUGUGCUUUUUCGUCUCUAUCAAUUGGGGGUUUGGGAUUCUUUUUCUUGCAACUAACCGAAUUAGCCUAGAUAACACAUACAUAGAUCUAAUCCGGGAGAAACAAGUUUGAUUUCACGACUCCGCUCACACGCGUAUAAUUUUUGUAAUAGGAUCGAUGAGAACAAAUCAAACUCAUUUUUAAACUCGGUGCAAUAGCUGACGUGAACUUGCAGUUCGUUCUGUACAUGAAAAUACAUCUGACAUGGCACAAAAUGCCAUCGUUCUACCACAUCCAUUAAACAUUGCACGCCCCCUCUAGGAUUGCUCUUCAGUUUAAUUUGGUUGUAAACGAGAUUCGGCCACGGUGAGUUUUUAUCCUAUCCCACCGAAAGUGCUGAGACUCCAAGCGUAUGUUUUUUUUGCACUAAAUAUCCGGAUUCUAGUAAAACUCAACCUAGAUUAGAGUACGGAGAAAGAAUUCAUAGCACAGGAAACGAAUGAAACGUGUAUUUCACGCACCAAACAGAAUCACAUCAAAAAGGAUUUACAUACAUCUACUAAGCGGCGAGGCGAUAAAAGAAAGCAAGAUACCUACAAAAACAAAAAAAAAAGCCAACGGCAUCAAAAAUGCAUCAAUGUGCAGGGGAACGUGGUUUAUCAGAUGCAUGAGUUAGUUUGUUUGUUCACAAUCUCCUUUACCAAGGAACAUAAAUAUGUACUAAGUUUUUUUUAUUCAUAUCGAUACAAACAGUAUGCACACUAGAAAACGGCUCAACGCUGGGAAAACUUUUCUAUGCGGUCGAUUACAUUCAGUUUCAAAGUUGCGUUGUAUCUAUAUUUUUAUUAACGGGCAGGCAAAAAAAACACAUAAACUGCUAAACCACUUUGUUGAACUGCAGGUCCUAGUGAACAUAUUCAUUUUAUGUAGCUGAAGUUCGAUAAACAAAAACCAAACACCGUGACGCAUAUUUAUUCAGGUUUAUGAAUAAAAUGUUGAAUUUUAAACCGUGAAUCUUUUUUCAUGAUCGGGAAUAAAAUAUUGAUGGUUCUGCACAUACGUGUCGGCACGGCAAAUAGAGAGACAGAUACAUUGUUUGAUGCGAAUUGGUAAUCCAUUUCACAGACAGACAAAAAUGAUUCUUCUCAUUCCAUGUAACGAGCUGUUUUUAACUACAAUAGUUACAUUUUGCUAAACAAACUGAUGUUUUUUUUGUUGAAGAUAUGUCAAGCAAUAGUGGAGGAAACUGCUGUUUCAUUUUUUUAACAAUGGCUAUUUUCCUGAGACUAUAAGUAAAACCUUAAUGGUAUAACAAACGCUUAUAUUUCAAUCUUUGUUACAAUUUUGAGAUGCUAUUUCAAUGUUGCAUUUUAAAGUUGAGUUAUUUCAGCAAGUUGGAAGUUCAUGAAUACAUGUUUUGGUAAUUAAGAUGAGAUAUAAUGAAACGUGUUUACUCUGCUCGGAAAGUCCGACAUAGUUAUGUGUCGGACUCAUAACUAAUAAAAGUGAUUUACAUUGGCUCAAAAUAAACGAAAAUGACGAGAAAUAAAUGUCACUCACAGCUACGCUUGCAAACUAAGAGAACGAGAUCCAUGUCCGGUCAACGACAAAAACGGAACAGUAGUUUCAAAAUUGUGUUCUUUCCUCCAUUUUCCCUUUCAGUCAUUUUCGGUUGUCUAUAUUGUCUAUAUUCAACCAAAGCUUUGAGAAUCGAUAAUGACAGAAAAAGAUUCACAAUGAUUUUUACCUAUCGGAGCUCAAAUCUGUAGUAGUUUUGAUUUCCGAAGAGGUUCUGGGGUGUAAUUAGCUCGAUUUACCAUAUUUUAAGCACUCUUUACAGCAAAACGUCACUGAUUUUCAAUAAGUUGGUGAAAGAAUGAGAAUUGAAAUUCUACUAGUUCACCCUGUAUACGUUAGAUUGGUUUUGAUUCUCUCUUUUGUUUGAAUGAGAGAGGAAAAUAUUUCGUCUCUCUCCGUUUGUUUUAGAUGCGGUCAUUUACGAAUGGGACAGUAAAAAACGAAUAUGAGAUUGUUGGAUUGGGUUCUUUCAUUGAGAAUGCGUGACAAUUUUAAGCUCUGGUCGGACUUUCCGAGCCGAGUAAAAUCGUUUUUAUAUUUCAUCUCAUGUUAGAUCUAUUGGACAAGUUCGAACGACAUCCUAAAAAACGCCAUCCAAAAAAAGAUUUAAAUCUGGAUUUUAAAACAAGAAAAACUGCAGUGUUUCACUCGUGUUUCAAAUAUACAAAAAAUAGAACGGCAUUGUAGAGCAGGUUUAAAUUUGACAGAAUAACUGGUCGAAUAAAUAAAACUAGAACGGCUUGCUGGGGAUACGUUUGUUCCAGUUUCUGUACUUUUAUUGUUCUUCUAUAUAGAACUUCUUGCUGCUGAAUUUGCUCUUAGGGCAUGCUCUGGAGUGUUCUAGUUCUAGAUGCAUAAUUUAUGUCAGUUACAAGAUUUAAAUCUGGAUUUUAUAACAAGAAAAACUGGCAGCCCAAGCAGCGUUUUAUAUGUAUUCCAAAUAUAGAAAAAAUAGACCGGCAUCAUAUGCCAGUUUUAAAUUUGACAGUAGAACUGUUCGAAUAAAUAAAACUAAAACGGCUUGCUGGGGACACGUUUGCUUCAGUUUAAGUUAUAUUCUAGAUCGCUUAUAUAAAAAUACCAGCUGCUGAAUUUGCUUUUAUGUUUGAAUGAGAGACGAACAUAAUUUGUCUCUUUUCGUUUGUUUUAGAUGCAGUAAUUCACGAAUGGGACAUUAAAACAACAAAUAUGAGAUUGUUGAAUUGGAUUCUUUCAUUGAGAAUGCGUUACAAUUUUAAGCUCUGGUCGGACUUUCCGAGCAACUUUAUGAAGAGAGGCUAAAUUUCAGACUUGAUUUUUUUCUGAAUCAAAGCCAAAUUUUCAGUCAACAAAACGCAUUUCGAAGUCUACAUACUACGAAAAAAAAUCAUGUAAAUUUGCCUCUCGAUACAAGAUAACAUAAAAGGAGCGUCUCAAUUCAGUUAAAUUUACAAUCCAGAGCAAGUAAAAAUGAACCAUGUAAAUAUAACUUCUCAGCUAAAAGGCAUUUGACAUCGAAGCAUACACAAAAAUUAAUUUUACAUGGUCAUAGAUGUAAUAUUCUGUUAUCACUCGAGAAAAUACGGCAUGCGCGAUGCCGGAUGACGGUUCGAUACAUAGGGUCUUACAAGCCAGUUGUCACAUAUUUGAGUUCCGAACUGGAAGGAUCCUUAGCCUGUGAACCGUCGCGCGAAUAAUUUAUACAUUUACUAAAAAUCUGACAGUCGAGCAGUUAUUUUUACCCUGCUCGAAAGCAUUGUUAGUUUUGACAGUUUAAUAGUUAUUUUUCGACACUGAAAACAAAUCUUGAAAAACAAUUCUAAUUUCCGAUCUUUAGAAAAAAAUCUCUGUAAUUUCAGUCAAAAAAUACUCCAAUAACAUGUUUCAAUGCAUUGAUAAAACGAAGUAAGUUUUUCUCGAAGUUCUUCUUACACUGAAAAUAAUUUGCACGCUAGCAUCAUGUGCGAAGCAUUUGAUCUAUCACUGCUUGUAGAACACAUGAAAUUCAUCAAAAUAUACACUUAACUUAUAAAAUGAGUGUAAAAACUGUUAAUAUUUAAUGGAAAUCAUGCUACACGUUUAUAUGAAAUGCACAUAAAACGAUAAGAUAUAUCGUUACCUCUAGAUUCUAUAUGCAUUUCAUGUGAAUGUCACAUUGUUUUUCACAUAGAAUUCAAUUGAAACAGAGAUGACCGAUUCAAGUGUUUUGCACAUACAUUUGUGCUGUGCUCAUUCUCAAUAGAAAAAGAGGUUUAAACACUUCCACAUGACAACAAAGCUAAGUGCAAAAUAAUCCAAUCUUGCAUCUUAGUGAAUUUGCUCAUGAAAUCUUUUUUAAUUUUCAUUUUCAUGGCAAAGUAAGCCCAAAUAACUUUCCAUCCGUCAAAAUUUAAAAUAAGCCGCAGUUAAAUUUUACUACUCGAUACAAAAUUACUAUCGAAAUGUCAGUUGUAACCAAAAGUUAGAACCAUUCGCGAAAUGGUUCACAGCCUUGGUAUUGAAAUAUUCUUUCUUAGGCUGUGAACCAUUUCGCGGUAAUUUUAACUUUUGGUUAAAAUCACUCGAGCGUCUUAACUUAACUACUCGACACUAAAUAACCACUCAAGUGUCAGAUUACAACCAAAAGUUAAAAUUAAAAUUGUUGCAUAUGAUUUGUUCGUAAAAUGUGAGAGGUGAACAUCUUGAUGAUACGAUGUCGUGGAUGAAAAUCUACUCGAAACCACGUCAAAUCGAAGAAGAAGCAAAUAACGAAUUGACAUCUCGCCGGCAGAUAUUCGAACCAAUCGGUAGGCGGCGAUUCAAAAUCGUUUGUUGCACUGGAGUUGAUUCGGGAUUCAUUCAGAAAUCUAUACGAAAUUACGAAUGAAAUCUUUUCGCCCAUUAGAAAUUGAGUCGACAGUUAUUUCGAACUGCACAUGUGGACAAGAAUUUUUUUUUCAAUAAGCUGUCAAAAUAGCCAAUAAGAGCGCAAAUUAGUUUUUUCUUCGAUUUUUUGUUUUCUUCUGGUCACGAAAAGCUCUAUUCAAGAUUUUUAUCAUAUUAACAUACAACGUUAAGAUCGUCACACCAAUUUAGGUUUAGUGCAAUAUUUUCUAAAUUUUGUUUCUGUGGAGAUGAGUGGACUCGCCUCUUUCGGUACAACAUGAGCUCCAUUCGCUUUGUACCAUUCCAUAACAUCUUUGAAGUAGUGACAAGAUGCCAAAUCAGGCCAGAAUAACGAGGGAACGUCCUGACUGCUUAGGAAUAAUAACAAUCUAGCUUCCCUAGGCAUUCUUCACGCUAUACCUAUUUCAUUGUUUACCGUUCCGAUAAUGAUGAAUUUUCGGCUUGCCGAUAUUGCCUGCCAAACCAAAUAUUUGUUGGAAAACUAGCCCUGAAACUUCGUCCUGAAAUGCUCCUCUACGCCUUUUUGUUGAGUGGUAGCAUUGAAGGAUAUUCCGGGAAGCUGCUUAAAGUCUUUCAGCACAUAAAUUCCAUCGUCCAUUAUCACACAGAAAAACUUCGUCAAAUAUUCGCGAUGCAAGUUGCAACACACAAUUGUUUUUCGCACUUGCUUUUCUUUCGAUGCCAUCUUCGAUAGAGAAGCUUGUAGUAUCACAGAAAAUUGAUUUUAUACAAUGGACAGACAUAGAAUUAACAGUCUGCGAAACAUUUCACGCGAUGAUGAAGUAUUUCUAAAGAUAUACGUAUUUAGGGGUGUCGAGGAUUUGUCGCAAACAAGCUUUAUUGUAUUUUGUGCGCAUUGUGAACUUUCCAAUAUCAAGUCGAAUGCACAAUGACUCCGCAUAUCAUUAUAAAAAAUUUAUCGAUUUUUUCAAUAUUUAUCGAAAACUUGGGCUCAUACGUCAAACAUUAAAUUCCAUAUAAUCACAUGAGAAAGAUAAAGUAAAUCUUCUUUAUUUACAGUUAGGCGUUUUGGUCAAGAUCUGUGGUAUUAUUGCACAUUUGGAAAGAACUCCGACAACAGACAGAAAACUGGCUUGGUUAUAACAGCAGUCAUAAAAAAAACGUUGUCGGAAUUGUGUCAUUCUCAAACCAUGCAAAUUAGUUUUUCCUCCAGUUCUUGUGUUGUGCUUUUUGCCUUUGAUGUUUUAUUAAUCAUGUAUUGAAAGACAUACAUAAGAAAUAAUCUUCAAAUGAGGUAAAUAUGUCUCUAUUUCUAGGUUUAUUAACAAAUCGACUACUUCAACAUUAUAGUGGCGAAAUUCUCUACCAGAUCUUUGCCAAAUUUCUCGAGGGAUAUCUGCCUACCCAGUAGUACUCAUUACUCAUUCUAAUUUUGGGAUAAACAUGUAUGGAAUCUGAACUAUACACUUUUUGCUUUGUAACAGGACGUAUUUACCAUUAAUAUUUUUUUCCCGAAACAUAUCUGUACACUAGUCUGCAUUAUGUUUUACAUGAUGGUAUCAUGUUCACGUUUGACAUGUAUCGGUGGUUUGUUUACAUUUCAAAUUUAAAAUGCCCAUGUAGACAAACCACUGUUAGCUGUCAAAAUAUGUUCAUUUUGAGAAUUUUGUGGGGUUCAGUCAUGUUCGUGUAAAACCUAAUAGCAUGUUUACGUUUGGUUUUUCGUAUUUCAGAUCAGUUGAAUUUUAUUAUUAAUUAAAUAUCCUAAAAACAGUGCAUCUGGAAACAGCAAUUUUAAUCUAUGCGCGUGUCAGUUCAAAGUUAUUUCUUCUAUCCGUUCUGCUGUUUUCGAAGAAAUAAACAUCGCUACCGCCAUGUACACUGUAUCGAAUGGAGAAACAUAUACAGAGCAAAACGUAGAUGUCACUCAAGCACACAGCUCCAUUAUAUAUGAAGAAUCUGGCUGGUCCCAGUUUUAGUCCUACUUAGCAACAUAAAUAAAAAGUCAAGCACUACAAUGUAACUACAAAAUUAAAUACAAGUAUUGAUGAAAUAGUGUAUUACUGGAUAAACACACAAACGUAAAAACAAAACAAAAGGUCAAAACAUUUCUUUUAGAUUUGACACUCAUAGUUUUAUUUAAGUUAUAUUGAACACAUGUUUUUUAUUUAUUUUAGUAUAGUAAUAUACCAAACUCGAAAUUGAGUAGUUUUUGGUUAGAUUCGCUUUAAUUUUAGUAAAAUAAUUAACUAAUCUCACAGGUAUUUGCAUAAUCUACUAACACGUGAACGAUAUGUAUGGAUACAAUGAUUAUUAACCACGACAGCAAACAUGAAUAAAUAUUACAAGAUUCUAUUGCACCAUUUUUACAGCCAGAAUCCAUCCUUUCAAUAUCAUCCACGGCUUUGGUUAAAAUUAAGUUAAGUAUCGAUAUACUACCUGCUUCAUCACAUGUAUCUUUUAUACUGAAAUGAACCCGACUAUUAUUCACUUAGCAACCAAUAAGAGCAGCGUUUCAUAACUAAUCAUUAACACUAGAGUAAACAUAAUUAUUAUAAUAACAAUAAAAGAAAAAACAAUAGCGAUAGAAAACCCAAAUCAACCUUGCUCAAACGGUUUUAGCAUAAACAACUUUCACAUGAAGAUCGAGGAAAAAAAACUAAUAAAGAACAAAAUCAUCUAUUGGACCCCAUAGAUUUCCGCUGCACAGACCAUGAACCAGUAAUGUCUGUCACCUAGUUGUCUAGUAGGACGUACGAAUCCCUAAAUUGACAUACAUGGAAAAGAUUACUAAACACACAAAAAAAUCGAUAUCUACCAAUUAUACUAUAAGCAAACCGAACUGAAAUCAAAACAAACGUAGCGGAAAUGAUGAGUCAAAAUGUCAAACGAAUAAGUCAAACUGUGUAGUUGCGCGACAAACUAAUUGAAUAUGGUACCGUUAAAAAAUUCAGCAAAAAAUAUGUUUAUUCUAAGUAUCGCGCGGAGCAAAAACACGAUUUUUUUCGAAUGUUUAAUAUUAAGUUUAGACCUAGCGUAAAACAUGGUGAAAAAACGAACGAGUAUCGAUUUUUUAUUAUUAUUAAGCGGAACAUAUUGGAUGAAGUAGGUUUUAUUUAGAUUAGAUCAAUUUUCAAAAAGUAACAAAAUGUAGUUAAGAGAAAUUAUGUAGCAAGAAAAAAAACAAUGUGUAUCGGUGUGACAGACUUUCAUCAGAAACUAGUGUUGAAGUUAUCUGGUAAAAUGGUUAAACAAACAACUAAUUAUCACAGCAAACUGAGCAAAUCUCAAAUACAGAAAAUAAAUAGUUGUGGGUGUAGUAUAGUUUGGAAACAAAUAAAGAAUACAAUUACAGUGUGACAACCGUAAGAAUACAAACAUAAAAAAACCGAUAGAUAUAGACAUGCAUCAAGCAAAUGUGAACUUUAAAUACAAUUAGAUCAAAAAAGAAGAAAAAAAGACUUUCGACAUUAUUCUUGCGAUACGUAUAUACAUAUAUUAAAGAAGAAGAAUCGAGUAAUAAAAACAAGCAACAAUUUUCCGCUAAUUCUAUAGGAACAAUGUCUUAUACAAUCAUCUCUAACAUGAUUACAGAGGACUUUUCUUACUAUGAUUUUUCCACCCAACUUUACACAACUUUUUACUAACAAAACCAAACAAACAUACAACACACAAAUUCAGCAAUGAGCUAAAAAACCAACCAACUCUAAGGUAACUUAUUGUUAAAACAAUUAGGGAAAAGCGAAAAAAAUAUUAUAAAGAAAACCUACUGCAUGAGGGAAAAGAAACAAGGUUGAUAAAAAAAUAAACGGUGAGUUGCGUCUCGACCGGAAACCCAUACCGCAUUUGCCAGCCGGCCUGGCACGUUUGACCAAGUUAUGUAGUUGUGUUGUGAAACAUUUUUGUUUCUAUCUAUCUACCUAGAAUUGUGGAGCGAAGUAGUACACGGUAAUCGAUGACAGUGCGGAAUCGUUUGUUGCAAAAAUUUCUCUGUGACGAAUAAACUACUGACAAAAUCCAAAAACGAUUUGAAGCUCCAUUGGAAGUCCGAUUCGAAUUCAAAGAAAAAAAGUCGAAUACAGUAUCUACACUCUUGCGAGCCGCUACCUAAUUUUGGGGUCGAAACCUGCCCAAAAUCAACUAAAGUGUAUCUCCACAAUUGUUGGGUAACUAGCGUAUUACAUAAUCCAUACUAACGAGCGAUGACCUCAAUGUUUAAGUAAAUGUAAGAUUGCUCAAAGUGUUGUCAUGGCAAUAUUUGCAAUUCUCGCUACCUAUUUUUAUACGAUCAAGUCAAAGUUUGAGUAGAUAAUGAGUCAGUUGCUAACUACAAAUCAGAAAGAGUAAUCGGUUAUUUACUCAAAAUUUGGGUGACAGUACAUUUUUUCCUACCUAAUUUUGGGUAACUGAUAGAAGAGUUGAUUUUCAGUGUACAUUUCGUUCUAUUUGACAUUCGUAUUAGAAAAAUCGCUUACUUGACUCAAAACGCUUGCAGUUCACUGACAGUUCAUUAUAAUCCCUAAUUUAGCAUACCGGUCCACCGUGCGAUGAAUCGCUCAACAGCAGGCCUGUUUUUGAAUUGAUGUUUAUUAUAUUGUAUUGUAUUUAUUAUAUUCGACAUUUCACUGCUGGUUACUGGAAACCACACCAACACAUUUACACUUGGAUUGGACCAGAAGAAAAUUUUUUUUGUAUUUAUUGUUAUGGCUAAUUCUUGGUCGGAACUCCUUUUAAGAGUGAAUGAUUUGAUGGCCGAUUUUGCUGAAGUUUUUACGGAGAUCUGCCACCAUUUUUGUGAUUAUCUCCAUACCAUGCUAAUGCGUCAAUCGCCUGUCGAAUUUGAAGCAAAGUUUCGGAUUAUUAGUAGUUCGCUAAGAGCUAGUCAGGGCAUUAAGCGAAAAAGAAAACUUUUUUCUCUCGUUUAAUGUUACAAUCAGUACACGUCCGAUAAUCAACUUUAAAAUCUCAAUAAUCGAUAUGAUCUCUUAAAACGUAGCUUGGCAAUGAUAUUGAUACAAAUCAAUCGGAAUGGACUUGAAAAUAACACAAUAGUAAUAAUUUUAACUUAUUUAUUGUAUACAACUGUUAGGACUUUGUUCCAACAAUGGUUCUACCAUUGGCAAUGACAGAAUUCUUAUUGAACUCAAAAGUUUGUCAAAGUGACGGAUGCCUAUAUUCCUUAUGACACAAGAUUCCGCAUAUGUCAUUGAUUACUGCGUAGAAGUCAAGCAAAACAUCAAAACAAAGCAAAAAUGACGAAAAAUCAAAUAAUAAAAAAUAUACUUACUAUUAAAUGGCUGAAGCAAGCAAACCAGAAAACUAAGUGUUCUAGGUUAUAAGAAAAUGAAAAUUCGUGGUGAAAACUAUAGUAAAACUGGCAGAGAAACAAAAAAAAAGAAUUAAACAUUCAAACCAACCAAGCAAGUGUGUGUAAGACAAUUCUGUUACGAUGCAAAAAAAACACAACUAACUGUUAUUGUAACUAAUAUCAAGUAAUAUUAAAUCUCAAAACAGAAAAUGAUUCCGGCUGAGUGUGAACUUGAAUGCAAUAAAGUAUUAAAAUCAAA